AAAAGCUUCCUUUUAUGGAAUUAUAUCCUUGCACAAGAUGAUGAAUGAUUUUUAGUGGAACUUUCGAACUGUUUACGACAAUACAAGAGUUGGUAAAGAAUAAGGAACUUUUCUUGUUUCCUGUAAAAAAAGGGAAAUAGUCAGGAAUACAACAAAAUUUAUAUGAACAAAGAUCGCUAAACACUGUUUUGUUGGAGUGUAGUAAAAUGGGAGAUAAAACUUAAAUUUAAAAACUUCAUUCGUUAAAACCAUAAAUAAUAUUAAAUUAUUAAUUUAAUUUUUUUAAUGGUUAGGUUUGAGUUUCAUUGCAUGCAAAAGUGAGAUUUCAACCUAAAUUGAAUGGAAGCAAUAUGGUGGAAGAUUGAAAAAAAUUUCAAGCUUUUCCUUCACUCCCUCUUUUCUUUCUGUCAAAGGAAAUAGAGGGAAAGUGAUGUUAAAAAAACUGACACUUUAUUUUCUUCCUGAUUUCCUCCCCUUGUAUGAAAAACACUCUAGAUCUUGAUCUCUACAUGUCUACUUAGCAAUAAUAUUUAUACCUCAAGAUACAAAAGAGUAGCCUCCAGAGUCUGCAUGCAUGAAGACGAUGCACACAUAUGGAACAGUUAAGAAUAGAAUGAAGGAAUACUUCAAUACUUCACAAUAGAAAUAAAGACCAAGAUUUUUGCCACUGACUAUUUAUCACCUUAUUUUUUUUUUUUUUGGAACGGACUUGCAGUGCCAUAAGUAUUUGAUUGAUAGACCAUACACUUUGUUGUAGGAUAAGUGGCUCUUGGUUUUUGCCUAGGCAUAAUUAUUUAUUUUUCAAGUUUAAUACCAUGGCAAAAUAAAUAAGGUUUUGAGUAUUAUAAGAAUUUUACAAAUAACCUCUGUGAAAUAUGCGAAAAGAUUUAGCAUUUGUCAGGAGCAAUGACUAGUGUACUUAUUUGGAUGGGAAAAGGAAAGAUCUUUUGACGCUUAGUGUUUAGACAAGAAAAAUUUUAGUGUUAUCCUACAUGUUUCAUAUUUCUUGUGAUAUUUCAAUUGUAGAUUUAUUCUUUUUUUUUUGGCUGAUAGUCUUUUUUGCCUCCUUUGUCCUGGAUAGCCGAUGUAUCAUUUUGAUUACGGAGAGAAUAGUGUCCAUUAUCUCUUCUGGUUUAUUAGUCUCAAGGCAACACGAUAUGCAGUUUGAUUUGAUUGAUUUCUUGGGACAAGAACCUUGGGAUGAUCAGAAAAUAAAGGAGUUUGCUUGUACAAGGUUCAAGGCUGAUUAUCCAAUUUUCCAGAAGGUUAAAGUAAAUGGUCCGGCCACGGCGCCAGUUUACAGGUUUCUCAAGGCAAGCAAACCUGGUUUUUGCGGGAAGAGGAUCAAGUGGAAUUUCACCAAGUUUCUAGUCGAUAAGGAUGGCAAGGUUAUCGGUCGCUACGGGACUUCCACACCCCCCUUGUCCAUUGAGAAAGACAUUGAGAAGGCACUCGGCAGCCAGCACGAGUAAGAAUAUCCUUGGAAAGAAGUAAGAAACAUAAUAUCUGAGACUCUAAACCCCCUAGUUACUUGAAGGUAUCAUGUGUUUUCUUGUAUAUAUUUUUUGUUAAUAUUUUCUGUUUGUUGUAUGUAGAUAUUUCAUAUUGGGUUACGUUGUACCACUAGCUGUUCAAGUUCAUUUUCAUGUUCAUGUUCUCAA